AUGAAUCCUGCUUCCGAUCUAUGAUUUUGUGGUUAGAAGAUCAAAAGAUCCGCCACUACAAAAUUGAAGAUCGUGCAGCCUUGAGAAACAUUCAAGAUGGCAACUGGGACAAUAUUGCGCAAAAUUUCUUAUCACAAAUCAGCUGCCCGUAUGGUCUAGAUGACAAGCCUGCGCUGCUAGACUGGCUUCUGGGCUAUGCUGUGAGACUGGAAUAUGGAGAUGACACUGAAAAAUUCAAGAAAAUAACACCUGAGAAAUUUCAGCAACGAAAGGCUGUAAAGGUUGGAGAGUCGACAAACCCUUUGGAUGCCUUAGAUUUUGAAGACGCAGAGUUCAAGGCUGGUGUCACGUCACUGGCAAUGUUGCUGCAGGUCCCUCCUCACCCAGACCAUCUGGAGCAGCUCAAGGCCAUCUGCAUUUUACUGAAGGAAAAGUUUUCAACAGAAGUGUUGGAAGGAGCGAUCAAGAACACAGAUGCCAAGGAUGAGCAUAUACCUUUAGACAGAACUGAACUGGGAUUUGAAGCUGGAGAUUACAUCAUGACUGAAGCUGCCAAGAUCUUGAGGCUUCUCCACAUCCGUGACUUGAGGGACCUCCAGAACAAGAUCAACGCAGCUAUCGUGGCUGUCCAGGCCAUCACAGCGAAUCCAAAGACUGACAGCCGGCUGGGGAAAGUGGGUCGGUAGUCGAUGAACAAAGCGUGGUACUGUACGAGUUGUUGCUAAAGUUUGGACACAUGGGAAAUGACAAUAACAAAUUAAAUUUUUUUUUUUUUUUUACCUCACGCACACGUAGAGAUACAGAGACACAGAUGCACAGACACAGACACACACACACACACACACACACACCACAGCGGUUAUGGAGCGCCCAUUUAGUUUCGGCUGGCGCGAGGCAAGCAAGCCGGCGCUUCCCCAGGUCACGGGGUCAUUUACCUGCGCCGCCGGGGAUUUCCCUAAUCAGCCGAACACCGGCAGCGCUCUUGUAUUUUUUGCAAAGUUUACCAGCGCAGUGAGCCAAAGCUAAUGUAAGAUGAAUAUUUUAAUAAAGACCACGUAAAUAUUCAACAUAUUAAGGAAGAAAAUGAAGAAAUCGGAAGAACAUGGUACAUUACACUUAAAAGCUGUGAAGUUCUCAAAAAGGGGACUUAAUUUGAUAAAUGUGUCAUGGGUAAUCAAUUAUAAACAUCGAUUUAAAUAUGCUUGCCCCCAACGAAUUCAAUCAAAUUUGCACACAGGACUGAGAACAUAAUGAAAUUUGUACUGACAAAGGGGCAUAUGCACGAAGUUUCUGGAUCCGUAAUUAUUCAGGUUUGAAGUUGAUGUUUGCAAUACUCUUGCUUUGCGACCUUGUUUUUUCACAGCGAUAUCCACGAUACAUGUAACUACAGAACAGAUCUUUUCUUGCCGAUACACUUAUGAAAACACAACCUAAACACAAAAUACAAAAAGAACACAAUAAUGCUGGACUGGAGGAAUUAUCUCAUUUUUCCGCUGUAAGCUUUCGUCUUUUGAUGGGUGGUGCACACGACAGAGUAGCUCAGGGUGGGUUGGACGUGUUGUGACUGCAUGAUUGUUUUGACGUGUUUUUCUUUGUCUGUUAGGCCACGGUUGCAUGAAUGAGCUCACCCCCUUGCUCACAAUGGAAGGCCAUUCCAAACCCACAUUUUUGUAUCCAAGGAACGCAGUGUUUCUCAAGGAUGUGUUGUUUGGGGAUGACCUUUUCUUUUGAUCGAUUUUGAUUGAGUAGCACGUGUGGUUACGGCACUAUCGACUCAAGACCUUUUAUUUGCCAAAUAUGUUUCUGUAUAAAGACAUAUAUCGUGUGAUGCAUGACUGAAUAUGUGGUAUUCUCUCUAAAGUGAUUGGCUUUCCAUGUGCAAUUACUGUGUGGAUAUCUUUGAAGGUGUCUUUUUUUACGUGAACAAAUUUCUCUCUCAGAACAAUUAAUGCGGUGUCUAUUAUGCUUUGAUUUCGUGUACAUGCAACUGUUCCUUUUGCUAAAAAUGAUGCUAGCUGUCUGUACACAUGGGCUGUGAUGUAUUUAUGGCAGUGGCUUCCUAUAAAUGAACGGCUGUGGUAGGCCUGUGGUGU